GUGCUCCCCGCUGAGAACCGGCUUGGGACAGGGAGAAGACCCCAGAGUUGACGGGCCAGUGAGGGCAGCGAGCGGCAAAAUGGAGUCCUUCUCCUUCAAUGGGGAUUUCUCCAACUUCUUCUCCCUCUACAAUUACACCUAUGACUACAGCACAGCCAUGCCCGACACUGCUAUCUCCUCUGCCCCGUGCCGGCCCGACAGCUCUGUCCUCAACAAGUACCUAGUGGUGGUGAUCUACUGCCUCGUCUUCAUCCUCAGUGUAGUGGGGAAUGGGCUGGGGGUGCUGGUGGGGCCCCCCAGCCACACCAACCGCUCCGUCACCGACAUCUACCUGCUCAACCUGGCCGUGGCGGACCUGCUUUUUGCCCUCAGCCUGCCCGCCUACCGAGCCCACGAGUGGGUCUUCGGCACUGUGAUGUGCAAAGCCAUCUCCAUGCUGCAGGAAGCCAACUUCUACAGCGGCAUCCUGCUGCUGGCCUGCAUCAGUGUGGACCGCUACCUGGCCAUCGUCUACGCCACUCGGGCCGCCACCGAAAAGAGGCACUGGGUGAAGUUUGUCUGCUUGGGCAUCUGGGUCUUCUCCGUGCUGCUCUCCCUGCCCGUGCUGCUCUUCCGUGAGGCUUUCCCCUCACCCAGCAACGGCACCGUGUGCUACGAGCGCAUCGGCGGCGAGGACACGGCCAAGUGGCGGGUUGUGCUGCGGAUCCUGCCGCAGACCUUCGGCUUCGCCCUGCCCCUCCUGGUGAUGCUCUUCUGCUACGGCGUCACCAUCCACACCCUCCUGCAGACCAAGAACGCCCAGAAGCAGCGGGCCAUGAAGGUCAUCCUCGCUGUGGUGCUGGUCUUCCUCAUCUGCUGGCUGCCCUACAACAUCACGUUGGUGAGCGACACCCUCAUGAGGACGCGGGCCAUCACCGAGACCUGCGAGAGGAGGAACCGCAUCGACACGGCCCUCUCUGUCACGCAGGUGCUGGGCUUUGCCCACAGCUGCAUCAACCCCAUCAUCUAUGCCUUCAUAGGGCAGAAGUUUCGGAACAGCUUCCUCAAGAUCCUGGCGCAGCGCGGGCUUAUCAGCAAGGACGCUGUGGCCCGCUAUGGCCGCACCUCUUAUGUCUCCACCUCCGGCAACACCUCUACCACCCUCUGA